AUGGAGAAAUAUCUUCGCUGCAGCAAGAUGGCGGCAGCAGCAGCGGAGACAGCGCAGGCGUCACUAACUAUGUUGCCAACGACAAAGACGGAACUGGCACUCCAGUGCAUCCGGCUCUGCGUGGAGGCUCGUCAGGCGGAGGAGGCCUACGUGGCCUCUGUGCAGGCCUUGCAGCAACGUAGCAAGAUGACACGAGAGAGGGUGCAGAGUAUUCUUUCUUGCCUGGAAGAGAUGGACGUGAAGCGUAUGCAGUGCCUCCGGGACGCCUUGACAAGGGCGGGGGUCUUUGUAGCAGCAAAUCUCAGGCACAUGCAAUACGAUUUAGACCGCUCCAUUCAAAGUGUUGAGGGAGUCGACCCCGAGAGAGAUUUGCAAGAUUUCGUCGAUGACCGGAGGCUUCAGACGCCACCGCGGCUUUCUCUACCAACAGUUGAGAAAUGGACUGUCUUAGAGGCAGUAUACGGAGACAGCCUGCAACCUGCUGUCUGCAACGCCAAUGCCAACACUACCGCGACUCCUCUCUCCUCUGCAACUAACGUAGCGCGGCAGCUGCUGCAGAAGUCCGCUCUCCAACGAGUAAUGCAGUCUGCUGCGAGCCUUGCCGCAUACUCCAUUGGAGUUUCGGAUACUGCAGCCUCCGAAGAGGCAGAAAGACAAACGAGGGGGCCGACUGCUCCCGUCCCGGGGCUUCCGAGCCCGCCGGACGCGGCUGUUGUACAGAGACUCCAAGAUGAGUAUUCUGAGUUCAUAAAUGCGCUCUGGACCCCUCUCAUAUCAACACCCAGCAAGGACUCAGUGUUACCUGGAGAGGCGUGCUCUUUGCUGCUGCGCAAGAUGCCUGUAUUACAAGAGGAGAUGACUUCUUCAUUACAUAGAGGCACUUUCCUGUCAGCUCUGGUGUCGAUAAAAAGGAAAAGAGCUCGGGAAAUGCCAGACAGACAAGCGUUGUUGCCUUCCAUGUAG